AUGUCUAGCACGAAUUCCACUGAGACCACUGCCAACGGCGUUGAAGUCAAGGCCAUCGGUCACAAUCCUUACGGCGCUAAUCCCUCUGACUUUCUGUCGAAUGUUAGCAACUACCAGCUGAUUGAGUCGACGCUCCGUGAGGGUGAGCAGUUCGCCAACGCAUUUUUCACCACCGAAAAGAAGAUCGAGAUUGCCAAGGCCCUGGACGACUUUGGUGUCGACUACAUUGAGCUCACCUCUCCUGCCGCUAGCGAGCAGAGCCGCGCUGACUGCGAGGCCAUCUGCAAGCUCGGUCUGAAGGCCAAGAUUCUCACCCAUAUCCGUUGUCACAUGGACGAUGCUCGGUUAGCAGUCGAGACCGGCGUUGACGGUGUCGAUGUGGUCAUUGGCACCUCCCAGUUUUUGCGUGAGUACUCCCACGGCAAGGACAUGAGCUACAUCACCAAGUCCGCCGUCGAGGUCAUCGAGUUUGUCAAGAGCCACGGUAUCGAGAUCCGUUUCUCAUCCGAGGACUCGUUCCGCUCUGAUCUCGUUGAUCUGCUCAAUAUUUAUCGUACCGUCGACAAGAUUGGUGUCAACCGUGUUGGUAUUGCCGACACCGUUGGUUGCGCAAACCCCCGUCAAGUGUACGAGCUAGUUCGCACUUUGAAGUCGGUCGUGUCUUGCGACAUCGAGUGCCACUUCCACAAUGACACUGGCUGUGCCAUUGCAAACUCCUACACUGCUCUUGAGGCCGGCGCCAGGCUUAUUGACGUCUCGGUCUUGGGUAUUGGCGAACGUAACGGUAUCACCUCCCUCGGUGGUUUGAUGGCCCGCAUGAUUGCUGCCGACCGCGACUACACCAUGGGCAAGUACAAGGUGAACAAGCUGCGUGAUCUCGAAAACCUAGUUGCUUCGGCGGUGGAAAUCAACAUCCCCUUCAAUAACCCUAUCACCGGUUUCUGCGCCUUCACCCACAAGGCCGGCAUCCACGCCAAGGCCAUUCUUGCCAACCCGUCCACCUACGAGAUUCUCAAGCCCGAAGACUUUGGCCUGACUCGUUACAUCCACUUUGCCAACCGUCUCACUGGCUGGAACGCCAUCAAGUCUCGUGUUGACCAGCUCAACUUGCAUUUGACUGACGACCAGGUCAAGGAUGUCACAAACAAGAUCAAGAAGCUCGGCGAUGUCCGUGCCCUUAAUAUCGACGAUGUUGACUCGAUUAUCCGUGAUUACCACGCCGAUGUCAACUCUCCUCGUCUCGGCCCUAGCGAGCCUGAGGCCAAGAAAGCUAAACUGCAGUAA